AUGGCAUCUAACGAUAUCGGCGACUGGUACCGAAGCAUACCCCAGAUCACCAAGUACUGGUUUACAGGCUCUAUCGUAGUGCCGCUGAUCGGGCGUUUGGGAAUACUUCACCCCCAGUGGUUCAUCCUUGAUUUUAAUCACUUUUUCUACAAAUUUCAGUUAUGGCGUCCAAUAACAGCAGCAUUAUACUACCCUAUUUCUGGGCCCAAAGGCUUCCACUUCUUGAUGAACCUGUACUUUUUAUACUCAUAUUCAACGCGGCUGGAAACAGAUGCCUUCGCAGGAUCACCAGCUGAUUACGCUUUCAUGCUGCUGUUUAACUGGAUCUGUCUUGUGAUAAUCGGGUUUGUCUCCGAUCUGCCUCUUCUCAUGGAUCCACUGGUGCUGAGUGUUCUUUACAUCUGGUGCCAGCUCAAUAAGGACCAGAUUGUCUCAUUCUGGUUUGGAACUAGGUUCAAGGCCAUGUAUUUACCCUGGGUGCUGUUUGGUUUCAACCUCAUCAUUGGAAGUGGUGGUAUGAUGGAGCUGUUUGGGAUAGUCGUGGGCCAUCUCUACUUCUUCCUCAUGUUCAAAUACCCGCAGGAUUUUGGUGGUGUCCAGCUUCUCAAGGUUCCAAACUUUCUAUACCGCCUGUUUCCUCGACGCCAAGGUGGCAUGUCAGGGUUCGGCCAAGCUCCGUCCAGCAGAAGACGACCAGAAGAUGGCGGCAAUGAAGGAGGGCUUUGGCGAAGACACGAUUGGGGUCAAGGUCAGCAGCUGGGAGGCAACUAA